AUGCUCAAAGUCAGCUCUGCUGAUUGGGACAAGACAUCAGCUUCGUAUGCCCAACAUUCUUCGAAAAGUCCUACAAGCAUACCAAUACAGCGCUUGAUCGAGCUGCUCGACACACUUACACCUCUGAGCACGGCAUCGGCCAUUCUCGAUGUUGGCUGUGGUCCCGGAGCAGCCACUGCCCAAAUUAUUGACACCCACUCUGCCAACAUUGACACCGCUACUCAACUUCUGGCCGGCGAUUUCAGCAUCGGUAUGGUUCGUCUCGUAUCUCAACUACGUAAGACCAAACUCGCCGAGCUGUCUGUUGGUCACGAAAGAGAUCUUUGGACCCGUGUCACGCCUCUAGUCCUAGAUGCCACCGACAUGCGACCUGUUCUCGACGAGUCCGUUUCGCACAUAAUCGCAAAUCUCGUCUUCUUCAUGACCGAGAAUCCUGCCAAAGCCGUCGCUGAAUCCUAUCGCGUGUUGAGUCAAAACGGUGUAAUGGCUUGCUCAUCCUGGGCCAGAAUGGCAUGGAUGGAAUGUCUCGCCAUCGCUGCCGAGCGUAUUUUUCCUCCCCUCGGCAAGCCUGUCCCUGCGAUGCCUCAAUUCCCUGUUCAAUGGGCUAGUGUUGAAGGCAUCGAACAACAGUUGGCCAACGCAAAAUUCAGAGACAUCCACACUGAAUACACUCAAGCUCCAAUUGUGAUUCCUAAUCUCGAAGCUUGGUCGCACUUUUUCAUGAAUAGUGGCAAUCCUGCUGUCUCUUGGAUCACUGAUGAUUUGGAUGAUGCCGGCGUGCAGGAGGCGGAGAAGCAGUUUAUCCAGGUGGUCAAAGAACAAUGCGAGGUGAACGAGAAUGGCGCAUAUGUGCUUUCUGGUACUGCUGUUCUGGCUGUUGGUCGCAAGUAA